AUGCCGUCUACAUCCGCCCCUCCUCCCCAAAACGCCGAUGGUGAGCAGCGCCAGCGGUCGAAGGCAGCCAUCCUGCGCGCUACCACCUACUACCGCGACUCCUGGGACAGAAUCGGCAUCCGCCCCAACCCAGACGAGAAGCGAAAGCACCCGGGCGUGCGCGCCUCCGUCCUGGAACCCUUCCGACGCCUAGAUUUCUCGUCGUCGUCUUCUUCUUCUCUUGGCGCGCUCAGCCGUUUGCCGCCGGAACUGCUCGCAAACAUCCUUCUUGAGCUCGACGUGCUUUCUGUUUUCCGCUUCCGAGGAACUAACAACCUGGCCCGGCACGUCGCUUUCGCUUCGCCCCAGUACCGGGCCGUCGCCACGCACGCGCCAUCAGUCCUCCACGCCCUCCUCCUGACUGGCGUGGCGCCCCGCGUCACGCUGAACGACCUAUGGGAUCUCGUGUCAGAUUCGGGGGCCUGCGCCUUUUGCGGCCUCUUUGGGCCGGUCCUGUUUAUCCCAACCCUCCAGCGCUGCUGCUUCCCUUGCAUCCAAACCUCGCCCAAGCUGGCCGUCGUGUCUGCCGCCGCGGCCGCCAAGGCCUCCGCGUUGCCCCGACGGCGCCUGAGGGAGGCGCUGCUGGCCGUACAUACGGUCCCUGGCGAAUAUGGGCUGUGGGACCAGCGUCGAACCCGACGGCGGUAUUUGGUGUCCUGCGCCGCGGUGCUCGACGCCUUUGGCGCCUCCUGCCCCGAGCCGCCGGCGGACAAGGAGGACCCGGAGGUCGCGAGGUGCAUGGUGGUCACGGCCCUGCCGCACAUCGACCGGGCAUCGCCGCUUGGCAAGGCCACCCGCCACCUGAGCUGCAAGGGCUGCCAAGCGGCCGUCGAGCGAAGACCAGUUCCGAGCGGCCUCGACUUGUACCGCAUCCGGGAUCGGUGCUAUACUGCUCGAGGGUUCCUUGAACACUUUGGCUUGUGCGCGGACGCUCAGGCGCUCUGGGAAUCAAGCAAGGGGUUACCCCCUCAGCUGCCACAAGGCCUGAAAAGGAAAAGGCGCCGCCACUAAUAUUCCUGAUACACGAU